AUGGAAAUACACGAUGACGAUCCACACAGGCAUGAGUAUUUCGAAGAUAACGACAGCAGUGGUGUGAAUCCAUCGAUCACCAACAUCCCCAACAGCGCUGAUUUGAGUCUUAAAAGCAAUGUCAGCAACCCGCAAGUUCCACACGCCCCUCUACCCAUUCCCUCCGAUCCCGCUAGCCUCCCUUAUCCAUCUGACUUUACCGAUGACCUCACUCAAGGCGCGAGUACGGGGAGUAACGCGAGUGGCGUGGCUGGCAGUCUAGUGGAUGAGGAUUUUUUUACCUCCAUGUCUACCCAAAAGCCCAAGAAAGCUCCCACUAAACCAGAUCCCAACCAGCUCCAAGUAAGCAGUCGGGAAAUCAACCACCAAUUUAAAGCAGGAAAGCACGUCGAUGACUAUCACAACGAAUCGAAGAAAUCUUCUACACCUGGCGACGCAGGUAGUAGCUGGAGAAUGAUGAAAUUGAAGCGUUGCUAUGAGCAUGCAGAGGAGGAAGGCACGCACGUCGACAACCUCGGUAUCGAUCGCUUUGGAUCUAUCGAAGCAUGGCGAGAUGCCCAACACGAGCGCAGCAUCCUCGACGAAAGAGACGCCAAACGUUUCAAUAGACGGGGCGGCAGACGCGAUAGCUACGCUAGUGGGAGAGAAUCUCCUAGAAACAACUCAAAUAACUCUCCCAAAAACAUUUACACCUCUCCAUCCACCUCUGAUUACGGUAGUAGGCCGUCCUCGAGAGCUUCCUUCAAACGUCCGUCAGACACACACACACCGACGCGCUCAACACAGUAUCAAACCACGCAAGGUGGUCAGACUGACAGAGUUAGUCAUCUUAGAGGCGAAUCUAAGCCCAGUUCGCCUGUGAUUCCGAAGGUGUUCACUCCGACGACUAGUGUGAGCGGUGGGGGUGCACCAGGAAGGCCGAAAUCACCAGACUCCCUAAAUAAAUUACAAGCCCAGGUCAUGAAAGCACGCCUAAUGAGCACACCUAACCUGCAACAGCUCGAGAUGGAGUAUGAGCAUGAGAUGGAAAUUGCGCGCAAACUCACCCAAACAGGCGGCGAUGCCGGUCAUGGGCUAAUGAAUGUGAAUCUUAACGACAAGACGGGUUUAGAGCCAGUGGAGAAGGAGCAGAAAACUAAAAUAGAGGUUCUUCCCACCCUCGAUGGACAUGGCAGAUUGUAUGAUGUAGGGCAAGGCCGCAAGGAUGACAGUCUGCCAGUAGGAAACAACACCAACAACAGCAGCAAGAGGAAGAAGGCGCACAACCAUGAAACCAGAGACGAGCGCACGGGUGAAAUAACCCGCUACAAUAUAGACGACGACGACCAAUCACUCGCAGAGCUCGUCCGACAGGAGAGAUUUGCCGGUGGAGCGUCAGAUCAAAAGAACUACGACGCAGAAUUCGCCAAUGCAAUAACGAGUGAUCAUCUCUACGAACACGGCGACACUGACCAGAUAGACGAUAAUGCAGCUAGAUAUGCACGCAAGAAAAUGAAAUCAGAUGCCCAGAAACGACAAUUUGCGAUUGGGGACUACAAGAGAACCAAGAGAGUGCUCGAUAAUUGCAGAUGGUGUUUCGGGGAUGAUGGAGAAGCGCCGCCACGGUGUCGGACAAUUGUCUCGAGUGGAACACGUGUCUAUCUUGCCCUACCGGAGCAUGAGCAGUUGGUGGAUGGGCAUUGUCUGAUAGUGCCGAUGCAGCACUGUCUCAGCUCGCUAGAAGCUGAUGAUGAUGUGUGGGAGGAGAUUAGGAAUUACAUGAAAUGCCUCAUGCAGACUUUCGCUAGUCAGAAUCGCGGAGUGGUGUUCUAUGAAACCGUCUUGAGUAUUAGAGCACAGCUGCAUACUGCAAUAGAAGCAGUCCCGGUGCCUGCUGAUAUAUACCAAGUGUUGCCGGGAUAUUUCCACGAGAGUAUUCUCGCAAUAGAGUCUGAAUGGACACAGCAUAAGAAACUGAUAAACUUCCAAGAACGCGAAUUUAGAAGGGCACUAGUACCUAAUUUGCCGUACUUUGCAAUAAUGUGGGAUUACAAAGGGAAUGCAGGUUAUGGACAUGUGAUUGAAGGUGUAGAUAAAGCCAACUCGGAGGAUGAUUCUGAGAGCAAAUACCACGACCAAUCACAGGCAUUUCCGCGCUACUUUGCAGCUGAAGUGAUAGGAAAUGUUUUAGAAUUGGAACCAAAGUUAUGGCGUCGUCCGAGGAGGUUGCAUGGACAAGAAAAGAGUAAUGCAGUUGAGAAGUUUAAAAAGUUUUAUCUAGGAUAUGAUUGGACGAGUAUGUUGUAA